CGGCCGUGUGCGGCGAUUCCGGGCGGCUCCUCCUGCGGCCGCUCCGCCGCGCCCCGCCGCCAUUCCCCUGCGUUCGUCUGUCCGCCGUGCGUGGGAAUUACCCGGGUGUAAUCCUGUCUUCUCCCCACACUGCUUCCCCAGCGCUGCCUCCAGGCCAUCCCUGAGUGAGGCUGGGAUAUCUCUGAAGGGGCUUCUGCAGCUGUUCUGGCGUGCAGUACUCUCGUGGCUGAUGCUGGCGUACAGCAGCAUGGGACAGGAAGCUUAUUGAAAGAGAGAAGCAGAGAGGUCUUUACUGCCUGUGGAAAGAGAAACAAGAUUUAUAUGCUUUGAGAAGAUCUACUGUAGUUUGCUGCCGUUUAAUUCUAACAACUCAUCUGCUUGAGGAGAUUCUGUUGCAAUGUAUCCGGUGGCUGUCCCUGCACCAGGAGGUGAAGGAAGUAAUGGACAACAUGGGAAACUUAUUUUUUUCCUUUUUGUUUUUGGAGCUGUGUUGCUCUGUGCUGGAUUUUUUCUUUCAGUCUUUAUUCUCCAGUCGUGUCCAUCUGGAAGCUUCAGUGACUGUAACGAGGUCCUCAAGGCUGCUGGGCCAGUGCUGGCUGUAGCUGGACUGGUUUGUGUUUUACUGGCACGAUCAAGGGCCAGGAUGUAUAUAAGACAAAGACAAUUGCAAAAUGAGCAGGUGUACAGCCUUGUUUUUUGUCGUGGGAACUGUCAGUUUGCCCAGUUUCUCAUAUUUGGAUUCCUGUUUUUAACUAGUGGAAUGUUAAUUAGUGUCCUGGGCAUUUGGGUACCUGGUUGCAGCCCUGUCUGGCAUAUGAUACAGCUCAACCACACUGGCACUUCUGACAAAGACCUCCAGGGCUGUGGAUUCCUGUCACUUCAAAUCUUGGGACCCUUGAUUGUGCUCACUGGGUUGUGUUUCUUCGUGAUAGCUCAUGUUAAAAAGAAGCAAAACAUAAAUAUCAAUGAAGACUCCUAUGAAAGUGAAGAACAUCCUCAGAGCCCUGAAUCCUUUCAGGUUACAGUAGGUGAUGCUGUGAUGGUAUUUCCACCCCCACCGCCUCCUUAUUUUGCUGACCCUAUGUCACCAACUGUGACUCAUUGUCUUAUGUCAAGUGUUUUGCCUACAAGUGAAAAUCCACCACCAUACCACUCUAUCUUCAGUGAUGGAGCACAGCUUGCUGAUGAUGAAAGAACAGUUGCUGUUAGAGACUAUGAAUCCAUAUAUGCAAUUUCUGGAAGCAGCUCACCUUCAGAUAUUUUACCAGUGGUAUACCUUUCUUCUGAAUCACCACCAAAAUAUGAAGAGAAAGCAUCAAUAACAAAUAAUGAAUAUUCGCCAUCUUCUUCCUUAUCUUUUUCAUCUAUUUUCUUAGCCACAUCUGACACCAGCUCGUAAAGGACUGACAGUUCACUUA